AUGGGUGGCUACGCUUUUCAAUCGAAGGGCUGUCGGACAUGCAAAAGAUGCAAGAUUAAGUGCGAUGAAAAACAACUAGAAUGUGGACGAUGCCUUAAACGUGGCCUUCAAUGCGAAGGCUACGACCAGGCCCGAAUUUUUGUCUACGGGGACCCUGUAAACCCCAAGAACGCUGUACAACCUCAGCAUUCCCAUGUCGCUCGUGGACAAUCACGCGGCGGCUUACCGGAGGUUGUUGCUCCCAGCUCAGUCAUGCGGGACCAGAUGUUUUCGUCAUAUAUCAGCCUCUUCUUUCCGAACGGCCAUAAAGUGAAUAUCGAUAUUGAUCAGUGGGACUAUUUUGUCUAUACUACCCUGUUGUUCCAAGAGCUCGAGGUACAGUCUCAGUUAAUUUCUUUGUCCAAGCCAUCUAUCUUCCGUAGCUUGGAGUUGGAUGAUGACGCUGAAAGUUCCGAUACUCGCAGUCAUGUUAUUGUCCUAAUGGCCUUGCAGGCAUCGCUUCUCAUGUAG